CCUGGCAGCAAGUGUUCGGCUGGCCGGUGCCAGUCUGUGAUAAAAGCAGAUGGACUGAGCCGUGUCAGUAUCACACGCUGAGGUUUCAGUUAGAGAAGAAUGGAUGCUCCCUGGCGUCAGGCUGGCAGAGGGAGAGCCAGAGGCCGUGCUACAUCUGCUAGUGGAGGAUCAUCCCAGGCACCAGGCCCUGUAUCAGCAUCAAACAGAAAUGCAUCUUACCCUAGAGGAGUCCCCACUGAUGGGAAUGGUGUUCAAAGGCCUGGCACUGGAUGGGGAAAUUCUACUUAUGCUUCGGCCAGCAAACCAGUCACCACUGAAAAUGUAAAACGUGAAACUAAUGAGGAGAAUUCUAAAAAGAAGUUUGAAGAAAUCCAGAAAGCUAAUCAGGCAGCUGUUAAAAAGCUUGCAGAGGAUCAUUAUAGUUCAUCAGAUGACGAGGACGGCGAUGAAGAUGCAGAUGGCAAGCAGAAAAAGAUACUGGCUUUAACCUUUACAUCUUACACCAGUCAAACAGAUGGAGACCUUAGCGAGUUAGCCCGUACACAACAAUAUGUGAAUGAGGCUUUUCAGGCUGGUGCAGUGACCUGCUUGAUCUGUAUUGCUUCUGUCAAGAGAAACCAAGCUGUUUGGAGCUGCUCUGGUUGCUUUUGUAUAUUUCAUAUGCCGUGUAUACAGAAAUGGGCAAAGGACAGUGUGUUUCUUGUAUCCUCUCCAUUGACAGAUGAUGAUUUUGAGAAGAAAGACUAUCCAUGGCCUUGCCCCAAGUGCCGCUAUGAAUAUAAACGUUCUGAGACCCCCUGUAGGUAUUACUGCUAUUGUGGGAAAGUGGAAGAUCCUCCUUUGGAUCCGUGGCUGGUACCUCAUUCGUGUGGGCAAGUUUGUGAAAGAGAGUUUAAACCUACAUGCGGCCAUAAAUGUCUGCUGUUAUGCCAUCCAGGCCCUUGCCCACCAUGUCCAAAGAUGGUCACCAUAACUUGUUUCUGUCAGAAGGCUAAGCCAGUCCCUCGAAGAUGCAGUGCCAAAGAAUGGUCCUGUCAACAGCCAUGUAGAAAGACUCUAAUGUGUAAACAGCACAAGUGUGAAAACCCUUGUCAUAAAGGAGAUUGCCUGCCUUGUCCACGAGUAAGCAAGCAAAAAUGUUUGUGUGGAAGAAAUGUCGCACAAAGACCAUGUGCAAGUCCAACCUGGCAGUGUGAGCAGGUCUGCGGCAAAACCCUGCCAUGCGGUAACCACACCUGUGAGAAGAUCUGCCAUGCUGGCCCAUGUGGGCAGUGCCCUCGAUCGGGAAAUCGCUUGUGCCCAUGUGCAAAAUCAAAGUAUACCUUACCUUGUACUGAAGAUGUCCCUACAUGUGGAGACAGCUGUGACAAACUUCUAGAGUGUGCACUUCAUAAAUGCUCCCAGAGAUGCCACCGAGGUCCCUGUGAGACUUGCAGACAGGAGGUUGAAAAGCAGUGUCGAUGUGGAAAGCAUACAAAACGCAUGCCUUGUCACAAGCCAUAUCUGUGCGAAACGAAGUGCGCAAAAGUUCGGGACUGCCAGAGACACCAAUGCAAGAGAAAGUGCUGUUCUGGAAACUGUCCUGGAUGUGACCAGCAAUGCGGGCGUUCUCUAGGUUGUCGGAAUCACAAGUGCCCCUCUGUUUGUCACAGAGGCAGCUGCUACCCUUGCCCAGAGACCAUUGAUGUGAAGUGUAAUUGUAGUAAAACUGUGCUGAAGGUUCCUUGUGGAAGAGAACGUACAACCAAGCCACCGAAGUGCAAGGAGGUUUGCAGUUGCCCAUCUACUUGCCACCAUGAGGCCAGAGAGCGACACAGAUGUCACUUUGGGCCUUGUCCACCUUGUCGGCAGACUUGCAAGAAAAUCCUGAACAGGUGCAGCCAUUUGUGUCCUGUCCCUUGCCACGAUGAAGCACUUGUCAAGCAGAAAGGCCUGCCACAGCCAGCAGGUCCUUGGGAGCAACCUAGCGAGCCAACCUUCAUUCAGACAGCCCUACCCUGUCCACCUUGCCAAGUACCCAUUCCAACAGAAUGUCUUGGAAAACACGAGAUAAGCCCUUUGCCAUGCCAUGCAGCAGGUCCUUUCUCCUGUAAGAGACCAUGCGGCAGACCGCUUGCAUGUGGCAACCACACUUGCUCAAGAGAAUGCCAUAAAGUCACAGAUGUCAACGGCAACAAGGAAAGGGCUGGAGUAGAAUGUGCUGCAUGCGAGGAAGAAUGCAACAAGCCUCGACCACCUGAGUGUCCACACCGGUGCAAUUUACCGUGCCAUUCUGAUGACUGUCCGCCUUGUGUGCAAAUGAUCAGAACCAAGUGUCACUGCAAGAUCAGCAAUCUUUUCAUCGAAUGCACGAAAUUAUCUAUGGCUGAUGCUAAAGAAAAGAAUAAUUUGACUUCAUGCAAAAAUCAAUGUCCUAAAGAGUUGCCCUGCGGUCACCGAUGCAAAGAAAUUUGCCACCAAGGGAAUUGUUCUCUCAAUUGCAUUCAGAAAGUAAAACUCCGCUGUCCUUGCAGAAGAAUUAAAAAGGAGAUGCCUUGUAACUCGGUGCGGGAAGGUCACAUUUCACUAGAAUGUGAUUCUGUUUGCCUGGAUGUGAGAAAGAAAGCUGCAGAGAUGAAAGCAGAAGAAGAAAAUGCAGCUGUUGAGCAAGAGAGACGCAGACAGCAGGCUGAACUGGAAGCUUUUGAAAACCGUCUGAAAGGAAAACGGCGAAAGAAUAAGCGGAAAGAUGAAGUGGAGGUGCAACAGACGGCAUGGCAGAAAUACAAGAAGUACAUAAUGAUGCCUGUCUGUGGAAUCGCUCUAGCUGUAUUCACCCUAUAUUACACUCAAGUUGACGUGUAACCAUUUAUUAAAGGGGAAGUUCACCUUUUAUCUCACUUUAUAUUAUAGAUGGACCUAUUCUAAGCAAAUUGCAGUUGGUAUUUAUUUAUUUUUUUUGACAGUUCAGGAAUUGUUAUGUCAUCUUUUUCUGCCUUUCUCUAGGCUGCAACUGGAAAAGUCUCUCUCUGGUUGUGAUGGGGCCCCAGAUUUAGCUUAUAUUUUUGCUCAGGCCCCAGAGUAGUCAUAUUUCCUUCUGAAUUCCAAAACGAUGUUUUUUUGCUAAGGUUAUUAAGCCCUAGCAGCUUUUUACAUUCAAAGCCUGGAAGAAAGAAAAAAAAUCCAAAUUAAUUAAAAAUAAAUAAAAACAAAGGCAAAAUGUCAAUUGUCUUAGAAUACUACUGUCUACAUUAUUCCAAAUGGAAUCUACCCUGUUUUAAGUUCCUUAUUGGUUUCCCUAAUUUGGUUUGAAUCAUGCUUAUAUAAAAUGCUCCUAGAAUUUUUCCCUUCUUUAUAGGCAACUGCAAGACCCAAGGAGCAAAAACUGUUUGGCUAGCAUGAUCAAUUUGUUGGCCCCAAACCGUAUUUCUAGUUAGGGGUCUUAUUUUAGGGAUGCACCAAAUCCAGGAUUCAGCCUUUUUUAGCAGGAUUCAGAUUUGGCUGAAUCCUUCUGCCAGGCCAAACCAAAUCCUAAUUUGCAUAUGCAAAUUAGGGACGGAGAGAGAAAUCGCGUGACUUCUCACAAACCAAGGAAGUAAAAAAAUGUUUUCCCCUUCCACCCCUAAUUUGCAUAUGCAAAUUCAGAUUUGUUUCGGUAUUUGGCCAAAUCUUUCACGAAGGGUUCGGGGGUUCGGCCGAAUCCAAAAUAGUGGAUUCGGUGCAUCCCUACUUAUUUUGUUUUCAUAAUUAUCUGUGCCCUGUUGUGGUAUUUAUACCGCAAAGUACAAUGGAGCUCAGCCAGUGGUGGGGCUUCUAAAAUAUAUAUUAACGUUUAUAAAAUUAGAAGAAUCUGGGCAUAUAUAUUUACUUGUUUUAUUUACUGUAGUCAUUAUUUUAGUUAUAUUUAUAGAAAAUUUUAGAAAAGCUAUUUCAAAAUUGAUUUAAAUCUUUCUUCGCGUAGAUCCACUUUUGCUACCGAAAUGAUUAGCAUGUGAAUUAGUCAUGAUGGUGUCAUUCUGUUUUCUUAAAUGUGUGAUGUGAGGUCCGCAGAGCUCAGUUUGCAAAUGCCUGCACCAAAAUAAAUCUGUCUUUCGAUGAAA